UUCAUCGCUUUCACUUGUUGAAUGGCUUACUCAUUACUACACCAGCAAUACAGGGUGUGUGGAGCUAGAGAAUGUCCCCGGACAAACACGUGCGUUGUUUAAAAUGCAGGAAUACAUAAUCCGUGUUCAGAGAGGAGUUUCAGCAGAAAACAGUUGGCAGAUUGUGAGGCGAUACAGUGACUUUGACUUGCUUAAUAAUAGCUUGCAGAUCUCGACUCUAAGUCUACCUCUUCCUCCAAAAAAAUUGAUUGGAAAUAUGGAGCGUGAAUUCAUCGCUGAAAGACAGAAGGGACUCCAGGCCUAUCUCGAUGUAAUUACUACCCAUCACAUCCUGUCUAACUGUGAAUUGGUAAAAAAAUUCUUGGACCCAAACAGCUACUCUGUAAACUACACUGAAAUUGCCUUACAGCACGUUUCAAUGUUCUUCCGAUCAGAGCCAAAGUGGGAAGUGGUAGAACCAUUAAAAGAUAUAGGUUGGCGAAUACGUAAGAAAUAUUUCUUGAUGAAGAUUAAGAAUCAACCAAAGGAACGGCUAAUGCUAAGCUGGGCUGAUCUUGGCCCUGAUAAAUACUUGUCUGACAAAGACUUACAGUAUGCUGUGAAACUUCUUUCUUCCUGUUCUCAUCCUUAUAUUUACAAAAUCACUUUUGCCACUGCCAAUGAAUCUUCAGCGCUGGUUAUUAGACCGUUCAGUGAAAAAGGGACACUAAAGGACCUUAUUUAUAAGGCAAAGCCAAAAGACCCAUUCCUGAAGAAGUAUUGCAAUCCUAAAAAAAUUCAAGGUCUUGAACUUCAGCAAAUAAAAACAUAUGGAAGGCAAAUAUUAGAGGUAUUAAAAUUCUUGCAUGAGAAAGGAUUUCCUUAUGGCCAUCUUCACUCUGCCAAUGUGAUGUUGGAUGGGGACACCUGCAAGUUACUGGAUCUAGAAAAUUCCUUGUUGGGACUUCCAUCAUUUUAUCGAUCAUACUUUUCACAAUUUCGGAAAAUUAAUACUUUAGAAGGUGUUGAUGUACAUUGCUUUGGGCACUUACUGUAUGAAAUGACGUAUGGAAGACCCCCAGAUACGAUUCCAGUAGACAGCUUCCCCCCUGCACCAUCAGUGUUUGUUGUGUCUGUGUUGGAAUCCAUUCUGACCUGUGAAGCUAUGAAGAAUGGCAUGCCAACUGUUUCACGGCUCUUACAGAUGCCAUUAUUCAGUGACGUCCUGCUAACAAACUCCGAGAAACCACAGUUUAAGAUUCCUACUAAGCUAAAAGAGGCAUUGAAAACCUCCAAGGAAUGCAUAGAAAAACGAUUAACAGAAGAACAGAAAUUGAUUCACCAGCACAGAAGGCUGACAAGAGCUCAAUCUCAUCAUGGCUCUGAAGAAGAAAAAAAGAAAAGGAAGAUCUUGGCACGAAAAAAGUCAAAACGCUCUGCCUAUGAAAGUGGGGAAGAACACUCAGCAAAGUACAGCAACUCAAAUAACUCAGGCUCUGGGGCGAGUUCCCCAUUAACGUCUCCAUCAUCCCCCACUCCGCCCUCUACAGCAGGCAGUGUGCUCGUGGUGACUUGUGGUGAUCAGCCCGGUUUGACGCUGUGCACGUUGCCCUACCUGCAUUCAAAUUGGGAAGCGCUUUAGCGGGCUGAUGGCUUUGAUGCAUUUGAUCGGGUGUGAAGGCAAGUGUCACCAGUUCAGGAGUGCUUUUGUGAGUAGGUUUCAUAGAAGAAACUUAAGAUACUAGUUCUAAGAGAAAGAUAGCAUUCCUGAUUUUAUUUUUUCACCAGCAACAAUGUGCUUUCAUCUAUUCUAAGCAAGUAUGCUAUCACCGACUCGAUGAAAGACUCACCAGCCCCAUGGUAGGACUCUCUUUGUGACAGCUGAUGCACCCGUAGCCUGUAUCUCUCUCUUCGUUUCCUCGCACUUACUAAGGAUAUUUACCUCUAAACCAAAAUUGCUUGUGGGUAUCAGUGUGGUGAGAUGACUGUCAGGAGGGGAAUGAGGCCUUCAGUCUGUCUUUCUGUUUUGGCUGUGGUUGUGUUAGAAUCACGGCACGUCAAAGCAUCUUGCUGAUAGGACGCCGUGGCAAAAUGAAGGCUGACAUGGACAAGUGUACCCAACAGAAGCUCUUGCCCUUGUCCUGGCCCGUAACUAACCAAAUCAAUGUGGUGUGUGGGUGGGUACAUGCGCAGCCAGAGACACCGGCCAGAAGGGAACGGGCUCCAGGCUGACAUGAGAGGGGGUUCUUACACAUUGAGACGUGCUUUGUCUCUCAGCAAAGGCCUUGCAAGACUUGCCCUGCAGUAGAGUGCUUGGUGUGGUCAGUGCAAAACAUACUAAGAAAGAAAACGAUUGCUGGCUUCAGCUGUCUUUGUAAGGACAGCUGCAACCGUCGGAUCAGAUGCAUGACCUGCUUUGAGGGGAAAGGUGUCUGCUGGAAACCCAGACUUUCAUGAGCUUUUCUCAUUGACUAGAGUUUUGGGCUGGUUUUGUUGCAGAUACUCAGAUAAAUAUCAUCUUUGAAAUAUGUUGUUUAGAUUGUGGCAAGUGGUUCUAAUGUAACUUCCCAUGUUUCUGACACUCUCCCGUGAAUGUUUGAUUCUUUUUUCUCCGCUUGCACAAUUCUUUGCUUUCUUGAAAAUGUGUUAUUUUUCUUUGCGGCUAUGAGCUGUGGCUAGGAUCAGAAGGGACGUAGAACACCACGGUGUGGGUUAUUUUAAAGCUUCACUGCAUCUUCUCGAAAUCCAGUAAGCCCAUAAAAUACCAGCGGGCUCUCUUACAAUAGAGAAAAGUGUGGAAGGUGCCAUUUUAGCUUCCCUGCGGGAAUGAAGUGAAAGAGUUGUGCUUAACUUUAGCUAUCUUUUUCUAUGCCAGUUGUUCUGAAUCCUUCAGUAUGACAUAUAUUUCAUAGACACCCACGUGGUGCACCUUUUCUGCCCUUCACCUUUCUGUAAGACAAUUUGAAUGCUUUAGUCAGUGCUGUUCUUGAGUGUCUCUGAGCCAUGCAGCGUAAGUGUAAGUACAGGUGUUAAUGCAGCAGGAAUUGUUCCUUGAACGGAAUGGAUUUCGUCUUCUGUGGCUAAUCUUCCUGGAGAUUUCCUGCUAAAUCUCUCUAAAUGCGCUUUAAUCCUGUAAAGCUCGAAUUAUGGCAUGUGCAACUGAAAGCAUGCGUGUUGUAUUUGUUCAUCGAGUAUAAUAAUGCUUAUAGCAUGGAAAAUUGUGGUUCGUUAUUCAGAAUCAGACAAAGUAUUGUAUAUGUCAUAUGAAAUAGUCUGCUAUCCUCACAUUUGCCAGUGAAUAGGAAUGUAUUGAUUUUUGUACUAACUUUUCAGCUAACAGUGUAUCUGUUUUUCUUACUUUGACACGAGAACUGGAUGAUUAACUUGUGUCCUCUCUCUUUCUCUGCUGUCUU